AUGUCGCAAUUCUGUCCUUCUCCACUGGAUAUUGCCAACACAGACAAGAUAUCUAGCGGAUUCAGCAACGGAAGUUUAACAGUUUACAGAUGCGUGUCAGGGUUUGUUUCAAACGGGGCGGAUCCUUAUAUCUCCUGUAAUGGAACGCACUGGUCUAAUACUGUGUUUUCUUGUUCUGGCGGGUUCUGUCUUCCGCCGCCGGAUAUUGCAAACACAAUUAAAAUCUCCAAUGGAUCAAAUACCGGAAGUUUAACAGUUUACACAUGCGUGUCAGGAUUUGUUGAAAACGGAGAGGAUCCCUUUAUAUCCUGUAAUGGGACACACUGGACAAAUACGUUGUUUGCUUGCUCUGUUUCCAGUGAAUGUGGGCCUCCACCAAGUCUACCCAAUGCAAGUUACUUUUUGGAGAAUCAAACAACGGCUGUUUACAACUGUUUGUCUGGUUUCACGCCCAGCAACGCAAACAAUGCGAUCCAUUGUAAAGACUCUAAUUGGAGCAAUAUCAGCUUAACGUGUACUUCCCAGUUAUGCACCUCUCCCCCGGAGGUCCCUAACGCUGUCAAAAUAAUCAGUGGAUUCAGCAACGGAAGUUUAACAGUUUACACAUGCGUAUCAGGGUUUGUUGCCAACGAAGAGGUUCCGUAUAUUUCUUGUAACGGAACACAUUGGACAAACACGUUGUUUGCUUGCUCUGUUGCCAGUGACUGUGGGCCCCCUCCAAGCCUCCCAGAUACUAGCUAUAUUCUGGAGAAUCAGACAACAGCGGUGUACAGCUGUUUACCGGGCUAUACAUCUAACAACUCCAACAACGCAAUCUACUGUAAGGACUCUGUAUGGAGCAAUAUCAGCUUAACAUGCAUUGAGUAA